AUGACGAACAAUGAGCAGGCCGGCGGCCACAGAGAGUUCAUAUUUCGCAAAAUUCGACAGCGCGCAGCUCCACAGCCACAAUGGGCGCAGCAACACUGCCGGCUCCUACAGCUGCCAGCCGAACUGAGAAACCAAAUUUGGAGAGAGGCGCUCGUAAAGGACGACAAUGAGCGCAUCGACCUCGCACACCUGCCGAAACCGAGUCUGCUAUGCACCUGCCGACAAAUCGAAGCCGAAGCGCUGCGUAUAUUCUUCUUCGCCAAUCGCUUCGUGCUCAACAUCGUCAUUACUGAAGAGUGGCGAGUACAGCCCUACACAGACGACUCGGCCAUUCGGUGGACACUCAACGCAGAGAAGCGGGGACUAUCAAUAGCCAUUCGCGAUGUGUACUUCACCUUCGAACGCCCUGGCUUUCUACAACCUGCUGAGCCCAAACGCUUCGCAAUGCAGCUUAUUCCACGGGCCAACCCUCACUUCGACACGCCGGUAAGCUUUUGCUUGGCUGAAGACCAGUCGGACUUUCCCAUCUGUACUCGCACCAGUCUUGCCAUGAUCCUCAGGGACCUGGCCAAAAAAGGCCGCGAGGGAUUCCGUGUUCAGGAGAUCCGCAGGAUAGCAUAUUCAGUGCGCGUCAACGAGAUAGCGGGUGUCCGGCUGCGUCGAUGGAUUGGCGUGCCCAGAGUGAGGCGCUGGGACCCCCGCGUAGCAUACAUCUAUCAUCACUGGAUACCAAAUAGCUGGAAGUCGCCGAUGAAACCACCCACCCCGCCGCCUGAACCGAAAUGCCAAUGCCUCGAAUGUCGGACAGAAAGGAGAGAAGCUAAGAAGUCGGCGAAGCAGGUGGCGAAGCUGGAUGCCAAGAAAAAGGGGAAAGAGCAGUGA